GGCGCGGGCGGGUGUGUGCGCUCAGCCCGGCCUGGGCAGCGGCGGGCCGGUGCCAUCUCGCCGGGCUUGUGCGGGCUCCGGGGCUCCGGGGCGGGGGCGGGGGCGGCGGCGGCGGCGGCGGCGGCGGAGCCCCCUCCCCGGGGAGGCGGGGCCCCGGGAGCCGUGGCGGCGCGCGAGGAUGCAUCAGAAGCUGCUCAAGAGCGCUCACUACAUCGAGCUGGGCAGCUACCAGUACUGGCCGGUGCUGGUGCCUCGCGGCAUCCGCCUCUACACCUACGAGCAGAUCCCCGUGUCCCUCAAGGACAACCCGUACAUCACCGACGGCUACCGGGCCUACCUGCCCUCGCGACUGUGCAUCAAAAGUUUGUUUAUUCUGUCCAAUGAGACGGUUAACAUCUGGAGCCAUUUGCUGGGCUUCUUCCUCUUCUUCACCCUGGGCAUCUAUGACAUGACCUCUGUGUUACCGUCGGCAAGUGCAUCCAGAGAAGAUUUUGUGAUUUGUUCCAUUUGUCUUUUCUGCUUCCAGGUCUGUAUGCUUUGCUCUGUUGGCUAUCAUCUCUUUUCCUGCCAUCGAUCAGAAAAAACCUGUCGAAGAUGGCUGGCACUAGAUUAUGCGGGAAUUUCUAUUGGAAUACUGGGUUGCUAUGUUUCCGGAGUGUUUUAUGCAUUUUAUUGUAAUAAUUACUGGCGGCAAGUGUACUUGAUCACCGUGCUGGCCAUGAUCCUGGCAGUGUUCUUCGCGCAGAUUCAUCCCAAUUACCUCACGCAGCAGUGGCAGCGGCUCCGGUCCAUCAUCUUCUGCUCUGUCUCGGGCUACGGACUGAUCCCCACGCUUCACUGGGUCUGGCUCAAUGGAGGAAUUGGUGCUCCUAUUGUUCAGGACUUUGCACCCCGUGUUGUUGUGAUGUACGUGAUCGCUCUUCUUGCUUUCCUGUUCUACAUUUCCAAAGUUCCAGAGCGGUACUUUCCAGGACAACUAAACUACCUCGGAUCCAGCCACCAAAUAUGGCAUAUCCUUGCAGUAGUCAUGUUAUACUGGUGGCAUCAGUCAACAGUGUAUGUCAUGCAGUACAGACAUAGCAAGCCCUGUCCUGACUAUAUUUCACAUUUGUGAAUUCAGGUAUGGCCACCUGGUAUAUUCAGUUGUUAAGCAAUAGAUAACGGGGAGUUGUGUGCCCCACUAUUUCUACGUCUCAUCCUUUAGUUUAGCCUUUUUCCUAUUGUUGUAUCAUGUGUAAUGCUUUAUAAAAAUGGAAAAAUGUACUUGGGUAUCUGUAAUAGUAAAUGUGUUUUGGGCCCUUGAAACUACUAAUUUGCUGCUUAUACAGAAAGUGAAAAUUAGUUGGCAUUCACAAGAAACAUCUGAACAACAACAGUGAAUGUGAAAGCAGUAUAGACAAAGGAUCUGUUUUACUUAACACCAGCUUCCAUUAUAAAAUAGAGUCUUCCUAUGUGAUUGCUUUAAUGGAAGAUGAUCAGUAGAAGGUACUUACAAUAGUUAUCAAGUUUAAGUGCUUAAUGAAGGCUAGAGUUGCCGGAGCCUGUGCUGCAUAUAACUUAGGAGCGUGAUUUUUGAACAGUCAUGAGCCUUUGAAGACAUUGUUGGUUGAGGCCCCUGCACUUAGGCUGUUUGCUUUACUGUCUUACCUGUAGGUCUUCUCCCUGCAUACACUGGAUAUUCUUUCUUUUAAGUUACUAAGAACAAAAUCUUGGAACCUCUUCUCCCUAAGGUUGAGACGCAUUGAGGGACAACUAACAGUGACAUUUUCCGUCAGAUAAUCACUUUAGAAACUCGGCUGUGUGAUCGGGCAGCAUUAUUUCAAAUCUACUAUUUAAUUCCACAUAAUCAUCAAACUCUUGGUCAUGGGCUGCAGUUUUGGUUCCAAUAUUCCGGUCACAGGUUUUUGCCUCUGGAUUUGCAGCCCUAAAUUUCCUGGUGAUAGGGGUUUCUUCCUAUAUGGGUGCUACUUUCAAGACCAUAGAACCCAGACGGUCAAGUUUGGACCCUGAAAUGAACUUUAAAGCCGUAGAAUAGUCGAUCAGAUGCCCCCGUUGGUGACAUUAGUCAUUAUUCCUGCAUGCAUUAGCCUCAUGUUGGUAAUUAUAGUAGUGUAUUCACUGAUAGUUGAGUCUGAAACAUUAAAUUUGCUUUCUGUUGUCCACACUUUAAAAAUAGAUCUCACCACCUUAUGCCAUAUGCAUAACAUUAUUUGGUUGUUCAUAUGCAUAAAUUAAAUCCUUUAAAGACUCUCAUAAAAGCAUGUUUACUAAAAUAUAAAAUACCAGGUUAUUGAAUCAGUUGACUUGAACUCUUUUAAAUACUGAUAUAUCGCAAGGUCAUUGGAAUUACAAAAUGUCAAAAGCGUUCAAUGGUGAUGAGGCCUAUUUCCAAAGUGACAUAUGUACAUCUGAUACUUAGAAUGUUACUUUAAUGUGCCACAGAUUAUUUAUCUGUAAAAAUUGGCUUUUUGGAGCAAGAAUUCAGGGGACUAAGAGGAGCCUCCCCUGCUCACAGCCGACCACAGUCUGAACCCUGGCACACUGCGCACAGACUCGGGAAAAAGCCCUGACCACCUCAGGCAUAGCUCCACAGCAAACAAAAUUGGCUUUUUCUUUUCAUUGUAGUUUUUAAAUUCCACAUGUUAGCAUCUCAGCAAGAAUAUACUACACUACUUUUAAUGGAUAGUACUUUGAAAACGCCAUUUUUACUUCAUCAGACCAUGAUAUGCCACAUUUUAAGUGACAUGAGAUUCUGGUGUAAUAAUAAUAAUGGGUUCUUUUUUCCCUAAAAUAUCUUACUGACUUACAUAAUACUGCUCUAAUAAUAGGUAUUUUGGCCAAACAAAAUUAUUACUGAGUAGUUACAAUUAAUUUUUAAAAUGGAAAAGUCCAGUUAAUUUAGGCCUGGCUCCAUUUUUUUAAAUGAAAUACGAAAAUAAAACUUAAGGCUUAUUUUAUUUUGAGUUUUGAAAAAUACUUUUUGCUUUUUCCAUUAAAUGAAUCAGUAUUGCCAUCUAAAUGAAACAAUUAUGUGUUUGACAAAAGGCAUGCAGUUCUGGCUCUAGGGGAGAAUUAUAUCAUGUAAACAUUUUGACAUUUUAUAAUUGGGUGCAAUGUUGAGUAUUGUAAGAAAGCUUGCCUUUCGUCUUGAUCUCUGCACUAGGGGAUGGAUGAACAUGAACUGCUGUCUGCCAGCUAUUAACACUCCCAGGUGUGCACAUCGGUUCUGGCAACAUUUUAAUGUUGUCAAUAUGAAAAACUAUUUUAUAAUUGUUGCCUACAAAUCUUGAGCCUUGAUAUAUAUUUAAGUUAUUUUUGUUUCUGUAGAUUCAGUAAAGACUAAAAGUACACUACUAUCCCACUAAAAGACUAGUUUUAGCUUAGCCCAUGUGUAAACUACAGACUCUUUACCUAUAGACUGUGCAAUAUUUUAAAAUCAUCCCUAGAUGUUUCGAAUCGACCUUCGUGACUUAGGCUGUAGUUAAUUCAUUCAAGCGACAAAUACAAUGUCCUUUUCAAAUAGUAAAAUGAUUGCGGUUUUUGUUUUGUUUUGUUUUUGUUUUUGUUUUUGCUAUUACACUGAGUGCAAAUCUGUAAGAUGCAUGGAAAAAAUAUGUAUUGUGUAAAUAAAUUGGGUUUACUAAAUA